AUGUCGCAAACUCUCAUCCUCUGCUUUCGGGCCUUUCAAGCCCUCACGGCUGCUGCUAGCAUCGCCUUGGCAGCAUAUGUGGUAAAUUGGCAUCUCAGGGGCCCGCAUCUCUCGACGCCGCCCUCAAUCGGCUUUAUCCUUUUCUCCCCAAUAUUUUCCGUCUUUUCCAUCUUUUAUCUCGUGUUCACGCCACGCCUUGCCCCGAAAGCUACUCACCCAGUGAUUUCCUUGAGCAUUGAAGUCAUCAACUGUAUCUUCUACUUUGCGGGAUUCAUUGCUGUGGCCGUCUGCCUGGGCGAUUUGGCCUUUUGUACCGGCUCAGUCUGCAUGGCAGGCCGUGGCGCCGCGGUGCUUGCAGCGGCACAAUUCAGCUUGUGGAUGGGCUCUGCCAUUAUUGCGGCCAAAGCUAUGGUCAGGGAUGAGAGACGGAUGAAGCUGCUCAGGAGGAGACGAGGUAUCCGGGAUGUGGAACUCUGA